AUGACUCAUCGACCUAAGAACCCCUAUUGCCCCGUUUGCCAAAGGGCCAAGAUGAUGGCACCGCAUGCGCGGAAGCUCGGGGGAUCAUCGACUAUCAAGUCUGACAAGUACGGUGAUCACCUCACGAUCUUAGGGACCGUGGUUUUGACGACCAAAAGGUAUGUGUACCCUAAUGCCACCAAAGAAGGUGAACAAUGCUAUGAAAACCUUUUGCACUUCACUGGGGUUGAUGAUGAGAUAGGCGUAAUCUACUCCGACAACGCCCCAGAGCUUGAAUAUGCCGUGAAAAAGUUAGGCGUCCGCCACAAUACAUCCCGAGAGUACAGUGAUGAAAACAAGGCUGUAAUCGAACGCGAGAUCAGGACUGUGCUCGAAGGUACGCGUGCGGCGCUUACUCAGGCAGGGCUGCCUGACAAGAUGUGGCCUUUGGCCGCCCAACACCGUUGCAUUGCGUUGAAUAUAAAACUCAAGGGUUGA